CACGAUCUGGACGAUGCUGCCAAAGUUUGAAGCAAGCGGCAUACAAUUGUAUAUAUAAACAACGUUUGAUUCCCUCCAUUCGAUUAAAUUUUAUCAUUCUCAUCAUCAUCAUAUCUUCUACAACAAUCACAACAACCUUCGCUACAACACCGUCGCUUCCACUAUUACUACAGCUUCAAUCGCUUCUACUACAAUUUUCUUAACAUCCCUUCUUUACAUAUAAACUUUCAUCUCUCAACAUGCGCUACUCAUACACUCUUCUCGCCUUUGCCGCUACGGCUCUGGCCCUCCCCACUGCAAAGCCCGCCGAUGACGGCUCAUGGGCCCCUGGUAAAUAUGAGGGCGGUGAUACUGGCAAGGAUGACGGCAAGUGGGCUCCUGGCAAGUAUGAGGGCCCUGGCACCGGCUUUGACGAUGGUCAAUACCACCCUGGCAAGGACAGCAAGAAGGCCAAGCGCUACGAUGACGGUAGCUGGCAUGAGGGUAAAUACGAGGGCAAGCCAGGAACCAAGUACGACGAUGGCAAAUGGUACCCUGGCAAAUACCCUGGCGGCAAGGAGAAGCGCAACGAUGACGGAUCCUGGCACGAGGGCAAGUAUGAGGGUGGCAAGACUGGCUACGAUGACGGCAAAUGGUACCCUGGAAAGUACCCUGGUGGAAAGGCCAAGCGCAACGAUGAUGGCAGCUGGCAUCCCGGCAAAUAUGAGGGAAAGCCAGGAACCAAGUAUGAUGAUGGAAAGUGGUAUCCCGGAAAGUACCCUGGUGGCAAGGAGAAGCGUGAGGAUGAUGGAAGCUGGCACGAGGGCAAAUACGAGGGCGGCGACACUGGCCGUGACGAUGGCAAGUGGGAAGCUGGGAAAUAUGAGGGCCCCGGCACUGGCUUCGAUGAUGGCCAGUACCACCCUGACCACAAGGCCAAGCGCAAUGACGAUGGCAGCUGGCACGAGGGAAAAUAUGAGGGCGGCAAGACUGGCUACGAUGAUGGAAAAUGGUACCCUGGAAAGUACCCCGGCAAGGAGUAA